UGUGUGCGUGCGUGUCUUUGAGAGAGAGAGAGAGAGAGAACGCAACAAAGUGCUGAGUUUAGUAUCACUAGAAGAUACAGAGGAUGUGAUGUAGCUCAUGGUCCACACCUCCGUGAAGCUGAGCGACGCUGUGUCGGCCCCCUGCGGAACGUCCUUCCCUCCACGAGUUUUGCGAAAUAUCAGAAAAUCAGAAAAAUUAGAAGCUUCGAAUAUGAGGACGUAGUCCAGAGUUGUCCAUCUAUGAAAUCUGAACCCUCCACUUGACCUCAUCAGUGGCUGUUCCUUCACAGAGACCAUGGGGAACUGUAGCUCCUACGAUUCUGCUGAUGAAUUCUCCUACCAUCCUGAUGAUGAGAUCUGUGAGCAAUGCAACUGUCCAAUUCCACCUGGGAACCAUAUGUAUGAUGUCAAGAGUCCGAUCAUCUCCAACUACACAGCUCCUCCCCUCUCCCCACUUCCAGAUAAGUUGGUGGUGGCCAUGUACAGCUAUAAACCUUGCCACAGUGAUGACCUGGGCUUCGAAAAAGGCGAGAAGAUGAAGAUUCUGACUGAAGACGAUCCAGAGUGGUACAUGGCCGAGUCCCUGUUGACUGGACAGAAGGGAUACAUACCACGCAACUUCGUGGCCAAACCCAACAGCAUGGAAACAGAAGGCUGGUUUUUUAAGAACCUCUCCAGGAAUGAUGCCAUGAGGCUCCUGCUGGCUCCAGGCAACACACAAGGCUCCUUCCUGGUCCGGGAGAGUGAGACCACCCCAGGUAGUUUCUCUCUGUCAGUGCGAGAUCUGGAUCAAAAUCAGGGCGAUGUCAUCAAGCACUACAGGAUCCGGAACUUAGACGCUGGUGGCUUCUACAUCACCAGCAAGAUCUCCUUCAGCUGCCUGUCUGAGCUGGUCAAACAUUACUCACGCGACGCCGACGGCCUGUGCACGCGUCUACUGAAGCCGUGCCAGACGCGGGUGCCCCAGAAGCCGUGGUGGCAGGAUGAGUGGGAGGUGUCACGCGAGUCCCUCAAGCUGGAGAGGAGACUGGGUCAGGGCCAGUUUGGAGAGGUGUGGAUGGGUCUGUACAACAACAACCGGAGAGUCGCCAUUAAGAGUCUCAAGCAGGGCACAAUGUCUAUCGGGGCCUUUCUGGCGGAGGCCAACCUGAUGAAGAACCUUCAGCACCCACGACUCGUACGACUCUUUGCCGUGGUGACGCAAGAGCCCAUCUACAUCAUCACAGAGUUCAUGGAAAAUGGGAGCUUGGUGGAUUUUCUGAAGACGGCCGAGGGAGCGAAUCUGCAGAUGAACACCCUGAUCGACAUGGCUUCUCAGGUGGCAGAUGGAAUGGCUUACAUAGAGCACAAGAACUACAUUCACCGGGACCUGCGUGCGGCCAACAUCCUGGUGUCCGAGGAGCUCAUCUGCAAGAUCGCGGAUUUCGGCCUCGCCAGGCUCAUUGAGAACAACGAGUACACAGCCAGGGAAGGUGCCAAGUUUCCCAUCAAGUGGACAGCGCCCGAAGCCAUAAACUAUGGUACCUUCUCCAUCAAAUCAGACGUCUGGUCCUUCGGAGUCCUGCUGACGGAGAUUGUGACUUAUGGGAGAAUCCCUUAUCCAGGCAUGACCAAUCCGGAGGUGAUCCAGAACUUGGAAAGGGGCUACCGAAUGCCCCAGCCAGACAACUGUCCCGAGGACCUCUACGUCAUCAUGACCAAGUGCUGGGAAGAAAUCCCAGAAAACCGGCCCACGUUUGAGUACCUGCGCAGCGUCCUGGAGGACUUCUUUACGGCCACCGAGCGCCAGUAUCAGGACCAGCCGUGCUGAGCACAAGCGGGACUCGGCCACAGCCGCUAGGAACCCUCAGGACCUUGCAGGAUGCUCAGGACUCGAGCUGCAUGCGCUGUAUAUAGACGUAGGAGGGUGAUGGAAUGUUCUGGAAAAUUGCAUAUCAUUGCAGCACGAGUUAAAACUCAAGGUUUUCCGUUUUAGCUUUGUGUUGGUGUCUUUGUUCUUUUAACAGUUCCAAAACAUAACGAUCUUUGAAAGUCACAUCUAAUCGUAUUUCCUGUUUAUACGCUUCAAAACGCAAAAGAAAACCUCGUCAGCGUGAAAUUUUGCUCCAUGGCCAAAUGGAGUUAAUAUAAAAGUGAAAACCCAUUCAUUAAUGAGGCAAAUACUCAUAACUUCUCCUGCCAAAAGCGAAGGUCCUCAUCUAAGUGUGGGUUUUCCUGCAUUUAAGGACAGUGGCCCAGAAUUUUGAAAGCACUGACUAAGAUGGACUGAGAAAUCAUUCACGUUUAUGCCUCCCACUGUCAGGACCACCAGCCGCCUGCUCACAGGUCAUCUACGUUAGCUAGACAGCUAACAGAGUGUCUGCUACAUGAAUUUGGUUUAUUUAAUGCAAAGGUAACAUUAGCUAAUUCAGACUAUUUCUUCAGCAUUCUAGCUGUAUUCUCUAACAUCUCAACUGCUUGUCAACCUGUUAAUGAAAAUAAAACUGUAUAAAGAUUUCAUAA